AUAGUUGACAGCGCGGUACUCUAACAUAUCUAAAAGUUGUGUCCUGAUAUUUCCUGUUAGUACUGAAAAUCUAUAGUUCAUGUCACGUAUAUUAUAGAUUUUCAGUACCGACAAUGAAUAUCGAAACUUAACUGUAGAAGGAAGGAAAAAAGGAUAUUUCGAAAAUUCACAACCACCGCUGACGAUAUACACCGCGAGUGAUGCAAGGAGUACAACCGGAACUCACAUCCGGCAGUGACUUUCAACUGGAUGCGCGCCGGCCGGCGCGCGCCGCAGCGGCUAGAGGCUCCUGGCUUCCGGCGCACUGACAUGACAACAAGUAAUUGUUUUUAUUGACAGAGACCGCGAUAAUGUAAGGGAAUCGCGGCGUGUCUCCGUGCGUACGAGAGCGCGGCUGGUCGGCAAGCAAUCGCGGGGCUGUCGAACCACGCGAGAAACCGCGGCGUCUCGCGCGCGCUUCAUUCAACAAAGGGGAGAUUUUUUCCGUCAAACUUGGCGUUCGCGAGUGAUGCAGGUUAUGUGAGCUUGUCGAGCCCGCUUACGUCGUCGCCGACGCCGCUCGCGGGAGUGCGCGAUGGGCCAGGGUACGGAGACGUGCGCCGACCGGCCCACGGAGGUCAGCGUCAUCAGAUUCGUCACACGGAACCGCACCAUCGAGGAGAUUGCACCCAAAAAGGAGGUGUAUACUUGCAAACAACGAGGUUGCGGUAAGGUAUUCACCAAUCAAGAUGAAUACAAGACGCAUGAGGCAUUGGAGGCAUUGAAGAUUCGAUUUAUUUGUCGUGAGCCUGGCUGCGGAGAGGAAUUGUCAGACCCGGGAAGUAUGUGGCGACAUUACCAGGAAUGGCAUAAUAAUGAAACGAGCGUGUACGCGUGUCCAUACACCAAUUGCGGAUCUUUACACCCUACUAGUAGUAAUCUCGAGGAACACAUUGAAAGCUGCCACAGACAACUGUCCACACUGCCAAUGGAGCCUGAGGUGAUUUGCUUCGAAGGCCCCGAAAAUACGAUAGACGAGGAGGCUGCGAAGAAGACUGACGAAACAUGCUACGAAAAACUGCCGAGCGAAAGCUUCAAUCGGAAGGAUGAAUACGGGAGUAACGACGAGAGUUGCCACAUGAGGAACGAUGCGAAACUCCCGGCAAAGAGCGACUUCUGCCACGAGCAGAACAAGAUCACGGCUGUUGCCAAUAGCGAGGAAUAUUCGAAUAACGAAUCCAUAAAUGGUAUUAAUAAGUUCUCGAAGAACGAAGAUCUACUUAUAAUUAAGGACAAUUUCCUGCGGAAAUAUGACGGCGGCGCACCAAAGUGCGAGGAGAUUCUUCAGGUGGAGUGUUCGCAGGAUAAAAGCAACAUGGUCUACAUAAGCGGCGAGGUGACCAUCACGAAGAACAUGAAGGCGGAGAUAUGCAACUUGAAUUUACGAAAUCAGGAGCAUAGAAUAGAUUUAGGAAACUUGGAGCGGGUUUUCAGGAGCGGUCUCGAGCGCGAGAAUUCUUCCAAUAUCGAGGAAAGCUCUCUGGAAACCAACAGCAAUUGUUCCGACGACGAGGAGUACACACCGAAAAAACAACGCAUGUCUAGGUACAAACAAGAAACAUAUAAAUGCGACGUGAACGGUUGCGGCAAGAAGUACAAAUACAUAUCGCAUUAUCGCCAUCAUCAAGACAGUCACAAAUUAGUCACAAAUACCAUUAGUUCCAACACCGCUAAGCAAAUGCCAAAGGUGAAGCAAGGGAAAGCGUCCACCGUCAGUUUCUUCAUAUGCAAGAUGCCUGGAUGUGGUGCGCAAGUGAAUAACGUAACUGGCCUAUGGAAGCACUAUCAGGACAAUCAUGCCAAUUCCAAGCCGCCAGUGGUGGCUCCUAAGAACAAUGAAGUGUUUCGAUGCAAGGUGCCGGGAUGCGAGGUAGAGUUCAACACAACGUUAAUGUUGUACAAACACUUCAACGAGGUUCACUCCAAUAGUUCCAUCGGCAACGCAAACGGAAAGACUGGUAACGCUAGUAGCUUUCACUUUACCGAGGUGUUCCAGGAGGACGCUACUACCCAGCAAGCGAAUUUUAAGACUGACUUCAAAGCCAAGCAUAACGUUAACUUGAACGACUACACUGAGAGCGGCGACGAGCAGAGCGCUCAUAUCGCUAAUAGCUAAAGGAAGAAACUUUUUUUCGGAAUUGAGUCUAAUCAACGGGAGGUCUUCUCCAUUACGACGUUAAAUAGGCACAAUAAUUCAGAGUAUUUUACAGAGAUCAUUAUCUUAGCCAGAAUUAUUCAAGAAUAAAUCGCUUUAAGCUUACGUGUAAACACACACUUUGGUCCGUGAUUGAACGCUGUUUAAUUACGACGGUAGAUUUUUCUAGUAGCUGUAAGCGACGUGGACUGUGUAGGAUACUCUGAUAUCGAUUAGUGAACGUGAUCGUGAACGUAUCUGAGAGGAUUCAACGGGCUGCUCGGUGUAUGCUGCGGUGGGACGAGACUAACGGCUCGGAUGUGAAUCGGUCAGGGCUCAGUCUAAAAACUAUAUAUUGUUCUACACGAAUAGAUUUCUCGCACAGACUUUUAAAUAUUAUAUCGGACUGUUAACGCGCCUGUAUGUGCAACUUAUGGGCGUAAGGGGAUGCAAACGAUGAAGGAAAUCGCGAUCAUAUUUGAUAAGGAAGGAGAAAUAAUUGUUCGGCGCGAUCACAAGUUUGAAUUUUCGUCGUCGAUUCUCGUCGUCGAUGCCGACACAUCGAGACUCGUAAAACUGCAAAUAAUUUCGUAUUGUUGAGGCGCGACAACGUCUUGUAUAUCACGAUCGCUUUUUAUAUUUCGCAGGUAUUUGCGUUAGCGGUCCGCUAUAGUAUGUGUGUAGAGGUCUGUGAUUUUUGUCGUCACUAUAAGCGAGGCUAACCCGCUGCAGCGAUAUGCACCUGUAAUACAAGACUCCUGACUUUCUGUACUAAUUUUUACUGUUUUAUAUUGUGUCAAUUUUUAUGUAACUUAUAUUCCCUAUACCGACAUCGUUGUUACGAUAGAUAUCCUAGCGACGUAAGUAUUGUAUAGCAUUUUUAUUUGUAUGUCUGUACGUUUAAAAAUAAAGUGCAAUAUUAGACAACAUGAA